AUUGAUUUCGGAAUUCGUCACCUCCGCACCAAAAUGACCGUCACCAGCAGCACCAAGACCACCGACGAAGGCAAGAAGGCCACCGCCAAGCUCCCCACCAGCAUCAUGCCCUCGGCCCGCGCCGUCGCCAAGUGGAUCCACCCGGCGUCUAGCUGUGCAUGCGCGUCCAAGCUGAACCAGCCUCUUCGCGUUAAGCGCCUCGCGCCCACGGCCGUCGUGCCCACGCGCGGCUCUUCCUCGGCCGCCGGCUUUGACUUGUACGCGUCGCGUCCCGCCGUCGUCCCCGCCCGGGGGAAGGCGAUGGUCGACACGGACAUCUCGAUCGCCCUCCCGGAGGGCACGUAUGGGCGUGUUGCGCCCCGCUCUGGGCUUGCCGCCAAGCAUUCGAUCGACACCGGCGCCGGCGUCAUCGACGUUGACUACCGCGGCCCCCUCAAGGUCAUCCUUUUCAACCUCUCGGACGUCGACUUCUCCAUCUCCGCCGGCGACCGCAUCGCCCAGCUCAUCCUGGAGGAGGUGCGCAUGGCGCCCGCGGUCGAGGUCGACGACCUCGACGUCACCGAGCGCGGUGAGGGCGGCUUUGGCAGUACUGGCGGCUUCGGAGUGCCCCCCGUCGCGCCCGCUCCUCCCGCGUAGUUCAACCGCUGUAUGAUGUAACAUAUGUAUGUGAUUGACAUGGAGAGCGGAAGGGUCGCUUUAAUUC